AUGGAGGGUUUAAAUGUUAUGAUGAAAGCUGCCAGAGAGAAAGGGAUAUUUGACGGGAUCCCCAUUCCAAAUACUAACAUCUCUCUUUCUCAUCUAUUUUAUGCAGACGACACUUUAUUUAUUGGAGAUUGGUCAACGAAAAAUGUUUCCAACCUGGCUAGAAUACUUCGGUGUUUCCAUGCUGUGUCGGGGUUAAAGGUGAACUCCAACAAGUCAAGGGUCUUUGGUGUUAGAGUUGAAUUUGAGGAGGUGUGUAGUCGGGUCGGACCAUUGGGUUGCGCUCUAUCUUCUCUUCCAUUUACUUACCUUGGAGUCCUAGUCGGUGAAAAUAUGAAUAAGAAAAAAGCAUGGAAGCCGAUAAUUGACAAAACCCGCUCCAAACUCUCCGUGUGGAAGGCUAAGACAUUGAGUUUAAGUGGGAUGGUGACUUUGGUGAAACAUUUACUUGGAAACCUUCCAACUUUCUACUUCUCAUUAUUUCCAGCCCCCAAUGGAAUCAUUGAAGAGCUUGAAAAAAAAAAAUCCAAAGACAGUAUUUAUGAGGGAGUGGCUCGGAAAAGGCAACUGUGCAUUAGGUUGCAUAGGAUAAACUAA